AUGGGCUCGCCCGAUCCCUACGGUAGGCAGCUGAAUGGCAUGGGAGGAGGGAUUUCUUCACUCAGUAAAGCCAUGGUGGUUUCUCGCUCGACCCGGUCAGAUGCCGAUGUGGACUAUACAUUCUUCCAAAUUGGCGUGAAGGAUGGACGACUGGAUAUGGCCGGGAACUGUGGCAAUCUGACCUCUGGGGUCGGGCCUUUCGCGCUGAAUGUUGGGCUAUGUCAGGGAUCCCUGGAAACGGGGUCUCGAACUCCUCCUGAGGGCGAAACUCAGCCUAUCACCAUGAGGAUGCACAACACCAAUACUGGGAAAGUUAUCCAGGGCGACUUCGAAGCAUGUUAUGUCAAUGGAAAUUGGCAAUAUCACGAACUAGGAACGUGCUCGAUUGACGGCGUUCCCGGCACAGGGUCAACAAUUACUCUCUCGUUCCUCGAUCCUGCUGGUUCCAAAACUGGAACUGCAUUACCGACUGGCAACGCAAUCGACGAGAUCAAGCUUGAUGGAGACGAUGGAGUGAUCCAGGCGUCGCUGGUCGACGUCAGCAAUCCGGGCAUCUUCAUCGAUGGCAGGGACGUAGGUUGGAAUGCUGAUGCUUCCCCUGAACAUCUCAAUGCGAACCACGAGCUCUUGGCCAAGCUGGAGACGAUUCGCCGACGCGGGACUGAAAUGAUGGGCCUUGAUCCCAAUAUCAGCAGCAUCCCUAAAAUCGUGCUUCUGUUUCCCCCUGCCCGGGAAGGAGUCGACAUUGUCUGCCAGGCGCUGUCAAUGGAACAGGCUCACAAGGCCGUUCCCGUCACCCUCGCACUCAAUCUGGGUGUCGCCUGCAAGAUGGAUGGCACGAUUCCUUCGAGAAUGUCCAGACAUUUACAUCGGUCUAACACGGUCAUUGGCCAUCCUUCCGGCACGCUGGAGGUUGGCGCCUCGAUCGAGCCUGGCAAGAUACAAAGCGCCCGGUUGACCAGGACCGCUCGAUGUCAUAUGGAUGGCUAUCUCAACCACCUUGCUGCCGAGGAGCAAGCAUUCCCGUGA